AUGCUACUGUCUCAGCCCCAAGCUCAGAUUUCCCCUGCGCUUCAACCCCGUUGUGCGGAAGCACUCAUCUCAACUCAGCAACGCGCUUUUACCUGGCCUUAUCCAAGGCCUUAUCCAAUGGAGACUCGCCUUCCCGAGAUCCGCCUUCCUGAGAAACGUCCCAAGACCAAGUGUGACCUAACAGGCGCGGCAGAUGAUAUCACCGCCAAACUGGGCGUGCUCAUCCAAGACCCAUUGAUGGCAAAAUUCAACGAGGAGCUUCUCCUCUGUGGAAAGAUCAAAGCUCUCCGACGCGCAGUCGACACCAGCGAAUCUGCUAAGCGCCUCAUUUCACGUCGACUCACUCUCGCCGAGUGGAUGGAGCUCGGAACAACGCUCACUUGCUCUCCUUCUAUGGAAAAGACUAUUGAGAUUUUGAUUGGGGAUAAGAUCUCUGUUGUCCACGAUACCAUCAAUUGCAUGAAGUGUUUCUGGCCGCUAAGGGAUCUAGUCGAUUAUAUGCCUAGCGGAUAUGCGAAGUGGGCGCUUCAGGACUUGAUGGAUAGCUUUUUUGAUGCAAUCUAUUGA